UGGCCACUGAGGCGCAUGCGCAGUAAGCGUCAAGCAGCGGGUACGACCAUGGCGGGCGGCGGCGGGGGGCUCGGCACGCUAUGGGUGCUGGCCGGUGCGGUGCUGCUGGCGGGGACUGGCACGCAUGCGCUCUAUUUCCACAUCGGGGAGACCGAGAAGCGCUGCUUCAUCGAGGAGAUUCCGGACGAGACCAUGGUGAUCGGGAACUACCGCACACAGUUGUGGGACAAGCAGAGCGAGUCCUUCCUGCCCUCCACACCGGGGCUGGGCAUGCACGUGGAGGUGAAGGACCCCGAUGGCAAGGUGGUGUUGUCCCGGCAGUAUGGCUCUGAGGGUCGCUUUACCUUCACCUCACACACACCUGGCGAGCACCAGAUCUGCCUCCACUCCAACUCCACCCGCAUGGCGCUCUUUGCCGGUGGCAAGCUGCGAGUGCACCUGGACAUCCAGGUAGGGGAACACACCAACAACUACCCUGAGAUCGCUGCUAAGGACAAGCUAACGGAGUUGCAGCUCCGCGCCCGCCAGCUACUUGACCAGGUCGAGCAGAUUCAAAAGGAGCAGAACUACCAGCGGUACCGCGAGGAGAGGUUCCGGAUGACUAGCGAGAGCACCAACCAGCGGGUGCUCUGGUGGUCCAUCGCCCAGACCAUCAUUCUCAUCCUCACUGGUGUCUGGCAGAUGCGGCAUCUGAAGAGCUUCUUUGAGGCCAAGAAGCUGGUUUAAAUUCCCUCCUUCACACCA